GAGGAGCCCCCCCACUAUAAGCCCUGCCUGCCUCCUUGCAGGGACUGGAGCAGUGUAAAGGACUGGCUUCCUGCUAUGGGAGUCCCAGCCCAGCAUUACAUUACACAUCUGCCUGCAGGGGAGGGGAUCUGUCUGUGCUCGGCUUCUGCACCAGUCACCUCCUGCUCCAGGCACGUUUCGGAUCGUACAAGCAUCGGCUGCUGGGUGAAUGAAUGCCCGACCAUGUCGCACAGGAGCGUCCACCCCACAUCGUUCACAAUCCGGGAUAUAUUAAACAUGGGCUGCACUGAUUGUAGCAAAGACAGAAGCUCAGACUCCGGUGAUCCGGGGCAGCCCAAGGCAGAGACUGACACAGAACACCGCUGCCCGACUGCAUCGCCCGACUUAUCGGCUGCCGAGACUCCGAGCGAUAAAAGGCGGACACCCAGCCCGGAGCAGGGCAGGCAGAGCCGGGGGGAAUCGCGAUGGUACAGCGACCAAGAGCCGCAGUCAGACGGGGACUGCCCGGAGCUGUGUGUGUCUGACCGGCUGGAGGAUGACCCGAGGUCCGGUAAGAAGAGGACUCGGGCCGCCUUCUCUCAUGCCCAGGUGUAUGAGCUGGAGAGGAGGUUCAGUCUGCAGAGAUACCUGUCUGGACCGGAGCGGGCGGACCUGGCUGCAGCCCUGAAACUCACAGAAACCCAAAUCAAGAUCUGGUUCCAGAACAGGAGAUACAAGACCAAGAGGAAGCUCAUAGCCAAGCAGCAGGCGGGGAAGCCCCAUGAGGGCCCGGCCAAGCAGGUGGCAGUCAGGGUGCUGGUAAAGGAUGAUCAGAGACAGUACUGCCCAGAGGAUGCCAUGUGCCCAUCUCUGCUCUCUAUAUACCAGGCUUACCAGUAUUACCCCUUUAUCUACCGGCUGCCCGCCUGGUCCCCCCACAUAUAACCCCCAGGGGGGCAGACAUUACAGCACAGGACCAGACUGAGGAGCCACAGCCACCAUCAGAUUCCUAUUUAACCCUUCCACAGCUUCAGAAGACUGGGACUCCAAGCAUUUCAUGUCUAUUCCCUACUGCCGUGGAACUACAGGUCCCAGUUUCCUCGGAUUCCAUAGGUUGUACUUUCCUGCUGAGUGAUAUAGGGGGCAGCUGGGAGGGUUCUUUGCUGCUCCCUCCUAUAUGAACCCCAUUAUAGACAGAACAUGGGGAUAGAGUCAGAUACGCAUCAAACCAUUUCUACCAUUAGAUGUUAUAGAACUACAACUCCCAGCAACAACUGACAGAUAGAGGGAGAGGGAGUUUGUUAGUAGACGGUGGAGGACCACAGGGUGCAUGUACCCCCUGUAUACAGGAGGCCUCUGUUCAACACUAUAUUAUAUACAGGGGUUCUCAAGUUAUAUACAGAGGUGCCCACCUUGUAUUCAGGGUACAGGGGUGUCCAUAUACAGAGUACAGGGGUGUCUAUAUACAGAGUACAGGGGUGUCCAUAUACAGAGUACAGGGGUGUCCAUAUACAGAGUACAGGGGUGUCUAUAUACAGAGUACAGGGGUGUCUAUAUACAGAGUACAGGGGUGUCAAUAUACAGAGUACAGGGGUGUCCAUAUACAGAGUACAGGGUGUCUAUAUACAGAGUACAGGGGUGUCAAUAUACAGAGUACAGGGGUGUCCAUAUACAGAGUACAGGGGUGUCUAUAUACAGAGUACAGGGGUGUCCAUAUACAGAGUACAGGGGUGUCUAUAUACAGAGUACAGGGGUGUCCAUAUACAGAGUACAGGGGUGUCCAUAUACAGAGUACAGGGGUGUCCAUAUACAGAGUACAGGGGUGUCCAUAUACAGAGUACAGGGGUGUCCAUAUACAGAGUACAGGGGUGUCUAUAUACAGAGUACAGGGGUGUCCAUAUACAGAGUACAGGGGUGUCCAUAUACAGAGUACAGGGGUGUCCAUAUACAGAGUACAGGGGUGUCCAUAUACAGAGUACAGGGGUGUCUAUAUACAGAGUACAGGGGUGUCCAUAUACAGAGUACAGGGGUGUCCAUAUACAGAGUACAGGGGUGUCCAUAUACAGAGUACAGGGGUGUCCAUAUACAGAGUACAGGGGUGUCCAUAUACAGAGUACAGGGGUGUCUAUAUACAGAGCUGCUCCAUGCAGGGCUAUUCGUGUUAUAUAGGGGGAUGCUCAUGUCCUGUACAUAGAAGUCCAUGUUAUACUGGGGGGAGGUGCUCACAUUUUAUUAAUAGGUGUCCAUGCUAUAUCCAAGGGUUCUCAUAUACAGUUCUGCGCAUUUCAUAUCUAAUGGUGCUCAUGUUUUACCCAGAGAUAUUAAUGUAUUUUAUGUUCAGGGAUGUUCAUGUUUUCUCUAGGGAUGAACAUUUUAUACUCAGAUAUAUUGUUAUAUCCAGGGAUGAUCAUGUUAUACCCUAGGGCAGUAUUUCCCAACCAGGGUGCCUCCAGC